GCGAGAGAAUCUAUUGGUCUGGGCAGGAGUGGCCGGUGCCGACGUGCUGGGAUGGGGUGCCGUUGGCGGGGACGCUGUCCGGCUGCCCGGCGCUGAAGCGGAUGAGCUCGACGAACAGCGUCGUAGGAACGAACCCCGUUGGAGCAAGCGGAGGAGGAGCAAGAUCUGGACGCUAUUCACUUGGAGCAAACGCGCCAGCGCCGGUAGAGGGUGUGAAUAAAGCGACGUACAAGGUCGGACGAGCCCAUGUCGACCUGAAGGGACAGACUUUGGCUGUUGGAGCCGACGAGGAUCGGGACGGUAUAUAUGCUGAAAAGGGCCGAUGUGAGCAACUAGUCAUUUGCUAAAAACAAGAUGAUAAAUAAAU